UCCACUAACAUUACCAUGGUGGAUGCUACUCCACUGCGUCCCAUGAAACUGAAUGUUCACACGGGUAGGAAGAUGAAAGAGGAAAGACAGCCACUGUUGGUUGGAGGCCCGGACCCGGCCGACAGCUACGAGAGCAGUCGGACAAUACCUCGGCCAGACCUGCGAGAGUCACCCGACAAUGUGGUGGUACAUCUUCCCGGACCUAUGGAGGGCAACUCACCCGACCUGCUGAAGACUACCAACAAGAGUUGCAACGAUGAGGACUACAACCCUCUUCUCAAUAGACACCUGGAGCACCCCACUUCGAAUCUGGAUACUAUGAUCCAUCUUCUGAAGGGGAACAUUGGAACAGGAAUCCUGGCGAUGCCGGAUGCUUUCCGGAACGCAGGACUGGUGGUGGGGACUCUGGGCACACUUGCCAUGGGAGCUAUCUGCACACACUGUAUGCAUAUGCUGGUGAACUGUGCCCACGAGUUGUGUAUGCGCAGUCAACUCCCCUCACUGGGCUUUUCCGAGGUCUGCGAACAAGCUUUCGCCUCAGGCCCACCUAGCGUCCGCAAAUAUUCUCGUUACGCAAGAUUCCUGACCAACAUGUUUUUGGUUAUAACUCAGCUGGGUUUCUGCUGUGUUUACUUCGUCUUUGUUGCUGCAAAUUUACAGGAGGUGGUGGCACACUACUACUACAAGAUAGACAUGCACUUGUUCCUGCUGGCAUUGUUGGUACCCAUGAUCCUGAUGAACUGGAUUAACAACCUCAAGUACCUGACUCCGGUGUCUCUAUUCGCUGCUCUCCUCAUGUCCUCGGGUCUCGGUAUUACGUUCUUCUACAUGCUGCAAGGUCUGCCUCGCACAUCCACGGUCCAAGCCUUCUCCUCCUGGUCUCAGCUACCCCUGUAUUUUGGCACAGCUAUCUACGCCUUCGAGGGUAUUGGCGUGGUUUUGCCAUUGGAGAAUAACAUGAAGACUCCUCAGGACUUUGGAGGCUUGACCGGGGUACUGAACACUGGCAUGGUGAUUGUGGCCUGUCUGUACACAGCUGUUGGCUUCUUCGGCUACCUCAAGUACGGGGACAGGGUAAAGUUGGGGAGCAUCACCCUCAAUUUACCGUCCAAUGAUUUGCUGGCACAGUCAGUGUGUCUGAUGAUGGCUUUGGCUAUCUUCCUGUCAUAUGGACUCCAAUUCUACGUUCCCAUGAGCAUCAUCUGGCCAUCCAUCAAGUCCAAGAUAGCUGAUGAGCAUAGCCAGAGGGUUGCUCAGCUACUUAUCCGUACCGGCCUCGUAAUAUUCACCUUCGGACUGGCUGCAGCUAUCCCCAACCUCUCGGAUGUUAUCUCUCUGGUCGGAGCUGUCAGCAGCUCUACGCUGGCUCUCAUUUCCCCGAUCAUCGAGAUUGUUACAUUCUGGGACAAGGGUCUCUCGCCACUCACCAUCAUCAAAGACAUAUUCAUCAUGAUCUUCGGCAUCCUCGGAUUCAUCUUCGGCUCGUACACCAGCCUCAGCAACAUCCUGUCACCCAAGAUCUGAGGGCAGAACUCGUAGCUUCGUCUUCAAUUUUAUUUUGUUCAUGAAGUUUGGUCGGCGUUACACCUUAGUAUUAUUGUUUUAAGUUUCUUGUUGCGUGUUUGUUAGUGUAGUUUGCAGCAUCACAUGAGCUGUGUACUUUGCGCAGUGCGGCACAUAAUGUGCACAAUAUUUUAUACGAAUUGCUUAAAUUUAAUUAUGUUAUGGUGUUUUAAAGAUGUUUACGUUAAAACAAGGUAAGAGCAGGAGAAACGUGCUUAAAGUAGUAACUAUUGUUCUGGCAUGACUUUUUAUCUAAGUAUUGAUUUGAAAUUAAAUUAACUAAGCAAUUAUUUUAAUGAGUAUAAGAUUCUUAGUAUAAUGCAAACACAGAACACUUAUUUUAUUGUAUUGCUAAUAUCAUUUCCACAUUUAAAGGAAGAUUUCCACAUCUUUUAGUGAUGAACUUUGUAAAUCACAAUUACAAUUCUAUAAUAGUUAAACAGAUUUAUAUAUUUAUUACGAAACAAAAGUAUUUUUUAAUAGCACAAGUUAAAGUUUAAAUGUUCAAAGUAGAUAUUGAAGGUAUUCGCUGUGUCUAGCAUAUUUCAUACUUUAAACUCGUAUUUCCAUAUGUCUAGUAUUACAGACAAUAAUAACGAUAUCUAGUGUAGAACCGAGUAAUUUGUGCAUAGUAUCUAGGCCUACCUUUCUUGCUGUGAUAAAGAGAUUAAAUCAAUUUUUGUUUUGUGUGUGUUUUUGUUGUAUGUGCAUACGUGUUAGCAGUAUCUGAUACUGUGAUGUGUGUAUUUCACCAAAACCCUUCUCAGAUGAUUUUAUAUCGAUUCAAAUGUACACUUUAUUAUUGUUUUAUUGAACUUAAACCGGCAGAGUUAACAAGAGUUACAUACUUAAAAGUCAGUGUCUGUUUUUCUCGCAGAUUGUUGGAACUAAUUGUGGAUCCUAUAUUGAUCUUUCUGUAUGUAAUUCCUGGCAUGAUUAGAUUGAGGUCAAAUUAUUAAUCCCAAUGAUUUUGUUAUGUAUACAUGUAUUUAAGAACCCAUUUCUUUUCAUUACUUUCUCUCACUUAAAUCUUAAGUCUCACUAAAAACUUGAAACAUCAGGAUUCCAGGAUCAUGAAUAUCAUCAAAAAUAUCAGUUAACUCAGAAAGAUAGAAUAAUUGUUUGAAAGUUAUAAACUAGUUGUGUACACAAGUGGGCUUCCUGGGUGGGUGAAUGUAGUAAUAUUUUGUGAUAAGGGGAAAUUUAUCAGCUCUCUUACUAAACACUUCUCAAAGAUGCAAAGGUUUACUCCAUAAAACUAUCAAAGAAAAUAAAAUUUCCUAGUGGAAUUUAACUUAUUCAUAUGUAAUGCAAACUCGUUUACACCACUGCAGGUUAGUUACCACUAUUUAUCCCAAGGUUCAAAAUAACAAGUUUCCAUGUGUUUCCUGUCAUCAUUCGUCUGUCAGACUGAGUUAGUCUUUUUAAAUAGUAAAAAUACUUUCUGUGAAACGUAAUUGGCAUUAUUUUAAUUUAAAAUCAAACGUAAUGUAUUGUACUUUUGAAUUGAAUUUUGUACUCUAAUUCAGUUUAAAAUAUAGCUUUUUUAUUUAAUAUUCAUAAAACAACUUUUUAAAUGAUGCUGGUGUGUAAAAGUUGUCAUAACAUCUUUCCGGUAUGGAAAUAUUUGGUCUGAAAUAUUGUAUUGUUGAAGUUUUUAAACUAAUUUAAAUUGUAAACAAUUUGUGAUUUAUCACGAUUUCAGCUGUUUUAUUCUGUAAUUAAUUAUUUCCUAUGUAUUUUUUGUGACCGAAGUCCAUUACACGAAUAUAAGAUCUAUUUAUUAGCUAAUUGUUUUUUUUUCUCAGAUAAAUAAUUAUUUCAUAUCAGUUUAACAACAUGGGUCUGACCUAUCGUGUAAGUUGUGUAAAAUAACGGCUCUUGCACUAUUAAUAAUACAUUUCUGGCUUCACUACAAUUGGAAAUUAUAUAAAAACACAAUUAUUUUGAGCAAAACACAUGAGCUGUAGUUUGGAACAGAGAUAAAUAGACUCGAAGGUAAAGAUCUGUUACAUUACUGGUGAACUAACAUUGUCCGUCAGACGAAUGAUUUAUUCUAAGGUUCCCAACACUUUGAUUACUAGUAAAUGUGUAUGAUAGAUAGAAUUUUAAUUUAUAUUUAUAUGUUCUAAGGAUUUUGAUGUACUAUAUAUCUUAUUUUUUUAUUUGUCUUUCUAAUUCUGUAACUAGUUGGCCUAGUUUGGGCUGUAUCUUAGUUUACAUUAAACUGUGUUCUGUAUGCUUACUUUGUAGACUUAACUUGUAGGAUCUCCUUUUAAUAAAGUAGGAAAAUGAAUUAUUGGUAGAUAAAAGAUUAAAUCAGUGAGUAACAGUUUUAUAUCAUAUAUAAGAGUGUAAGUUUUGUAGUGUUUAUGGUGUGAAAGAGUUAAAAUUUUUUGACAAAAAUGUUAAAUACUUUUCCUAAUUUUUUUACUUUGUUAGCUUAUUAUUAAUAUAUUGUUUUUAUUCUAUAACCACAAGUUAUCUCAAAAAUACUUGCCAUUUCAUAAUAAAUUAACUUUUACUGAUCAUAUAAUUUUUGGUAGUUCAAUGUUAUUUAAGUAAGAUAAUUUGUAAAUUACCUAAUAUUCCAUAAUUUGUUGUUUUAUACUGUUAUAUAUUAUAUGAUAGCUCUAACCAAAUGUUACAUGUAUUGUCUUUCAUCCCCAUGCUUACUCGUCAUGCUAUUUUAGUUCUUUAUAGUGCUUAAUUCAACUUUAUUUAUCGAGGAAUGCUUAGUUUGUUCAACUCCUAUUCUUCCCUCAUUAAUAAAUACUUGAAACUGUAUAUUAUGUUUAUUGGUGCUUUUUAUCACUAUAAUUAAUGGUAGUAUUUAACGAGGGAGUGACAUUACCACUGUCUGCAUCACUUGACUGAAUUAUAACAUUAUUUUAUUGAACAGAUAAUUAAAGAACUUGUGAAUAGAUUUAUCAAAAGCAAUAUAAUAUUCAAUUAUAUGGCUGUAUUUUAAUCAAAUUACGUUAUAUUACGUCUAAUAUGCAUUUAUCUUAAAUAUUCAUUCAUUCAUGCAUUUUAAGCGAAGUUGAUUUGUUCAGAAACUGUAAGAAAAGUGGACUGCUAAAAUGGAUUUCCAGAAUAUAUGCAAUAAAAUAAAUUUAUAUGAAGUAAUAUUAGUCUAAUGCAAUGAAAAUUUGGUACUGGAAAUAUUAGCAAAUUUGCUUGUUUUUAUAUUUGUUUUAAUGUUUUCAAAAGUCAGGUUUAAUUGUAUAAUUGAAUGCUGUUAUGUUUAUUGCAAUCAAACAAAUUUAAUAUUUAAUCAUUUUAAUUAUUUUUUUGUAUUACAAGAUUUCUUAUUAUUUACUUUUUUUAAUUUCUUUUCCAGUUGGGUUUUCUGUGUUAGUGUUUUUAAGUGUAUUAGAAUGUGUGGUUCAAAACACAAAAAUUAAAUCUAUAUCUGUAAAAUCUUUAACAAUUUGAAGUUGAAUUAUUUUCUUUUAACGUUUUCUAAAAAUGAUGUCAUUUAGGUAAUAUCGUUAUGUAUGUAUACAUGUAUUUGUUUAAAUAAUAAUUAUUAAAAUUAGUUUAUGAACAUUACCAAUUGAAUUGUGAUGUAUUGAUAACAAGUUUUAGUUGUAACUUAUAUUUCAUUUUGUUCCUUUACUGAAAGCAUUCUCAGGCUGAUUUGAGGCAAUCAAACUUGGCUGAAAGGACAUAAAAUCAAUAUUAUAAUCUGGUGAAAGCGUCACUUGAUAAUCGGUAAUAAUCUUUUUAUUUAUUUAUAUAAGGUAAAUCAUUGUAAUUGUUAGUUAUUGUAAUGGAAUUAUAAUAUUUUUAAGAUAAGUUUUUGGUAAUAUAAUAUUGUUCUAAUUUUUUUCUUUUAUUUCUACUCCUAAAAAACCCCAAUAUAGCAAACAAAAACUUUAUUUUAUUUUACACUCUUUAAAGCCUCUAAAAGUUUAAAGUGAUUUGAAAACCAUUUAAUACUAAUAAUAUAUUAAUAUGAAAAAAUCAAAAAUUGUCUGGUACUUUUAAUUUCUUUUACAUACUGAGGCAACACAAAGGGUAAUAAUCAGUUGAAUAAAGAAGGGUAUACAGGUUCCUGUUGAUGUUUGCAGUGGCUCUGAAGCAAUAUGGAACAUCAAUCGAGCAAUGUUUAGAAUAUUUACAUCUCUGCUCUAUUGAUGUGUUCAGGCGGACAAAUAUAUUCACCACAGAACAUUGUAUAGAAGAUGGUUUAGUGCUAUUGUGUUGCUAUCGAGAUUGUAAUGAUACCUGCAGGCUCUUGUUUUGGUUCAUCUGUUGACUGAAGCAGUAAUAUCAGAAAUCUUAGACAUUUAGGUUAUGACAUGACACCAGCUCCGUUAGUUCUAAGGUCUCAGACUGUACGGAGUGAUAUUUUAUAAUGCACAAUUUCAGAUCCACCAACCGGCCAUUGUUCUCUAAGUACAUAUUUAAUAAGGUUGUAGCCUGGAUAUGGAUUAUAAAAUUGCAUAAAUACAUAUUUUCUUUAAUUCAAAAAGGUUUGCCUGAAAAUCAGCCCGAGGUGUGCUACUGUGACAUUUAGUAAAUAUUGUUACCUCUGUUUUACUUUAUUUAUUUAUUUCUAUGCUCUAUUAUUUUAAAGAUUGAUUUUGUGUCAGCUUACUCAGAUUGUCUUUGUUAAUACAAAACCUAGAUUUUACAUUCUCCGUCGGUUGCUUGUGCUUUAUUUCUUCAAGGAUUAUGAUUUUAAACGAUUUUGCAGACAACACUUUAAUUGGCAGCACUGCUAUUGUAAAGAAAAGAAAGCUCCAAUGUAUUUUCAGUAGUAUAUGCUAGAAGUGGUUGACAUAGUGUCAAAAGUGUUUUUAAAAACCUAAAUAAUAUCUAAAUUUGGCCUCAAAUAAAGUCCUCAGUCUCUGAUUUCUCUCAUCAAAAUUCAUGUGGCCAAAUUUUCGAUGUUGUUACAUUUAUUGCUGUUUAAGUAGUAAUGUGAUGUUUUUGCUAACGGAGAAGAGCUGUAAGUAAAUAUGGGUUUUAAAUUAUUUUGACAACUUUAGAAAUGAAGUAAGGAGUAAUUUAAAGUUUAAAUAAAUGUAUUACUUCUCUUGAGAUUGCAAUUCCUAUUUAUAUUUUAUUUGUUAUAAUUUUAUUUAUAUAGCAAACUAGUUCCCAUUUUCAUUACUACUGCCACAUAUCAACCUUAUUUAUUAGAUGGCAUGUUCUUAGGUAAGCAACUACUACAGUAUAGAUAUUCUCUUAUGAUAUUAUUUUGUAUAAGGAUGUAAAAUAUAAUUGAAAUAUUUAUGAACAACUUUAAAGUUCCAAAGAAAUAUUAGUAGCAUUCUUACUUUUUAAUUGAACCCUUUGAGUGCUACAGCAAUAUAUUUUUAUUACCAGUUUUUAUGUGAAAAAUGCAACAAUAGAAAUUUAUUUAUUGUGAGCAAAUUUAAUGUGCAAUAAAUUGUGCCAGGUGGCCGUGUGUGAUGACAUAUAUUUUAAAAAUCUUUAUUUAUAUUUUAGUUUUUCAAUGCUAUGAUCAACCGACUUGCUUGCCAAAUGCUUUUACUGUGAGAUUUAGUUUUAUUAUGUUAAAUAUUAUUUUAUUGCUGAAUGUAAUUUUUCAUUUCCAGUUUCCUAUUACAGAUGAGAUGAAUAGUAUUAAUUUUGGAUGGUUUCCUUUGUAAUGUUGUUACUUUAAUGUAAUAACCCAGUUAUGAUAUUUUAUUAAUAUUAUUUUACCAAUUUUAAAACUUUGCACCCUGGACUCUUGAUACAUGACAAGGCUUUUGUCAUAUAAAAAUAUGGUCCUUCCGGCUCAGUAGAAAGAAGUAGGUAGAUUUUGUCACAACUGAAAUAUUAUUAACCUAUUCUCAUGGAAUUUACAUACAGUCAGUAUCUUGAAAACUGUUUGAGAUACAACAAAAAUUGUUUAUAACAAAAGGUUUAGGAAAUGCUAUAAGCAUUCCAGACCACUUUUUGUCUAUUUUAGGUCAAUAAAUAACAGAGAUGUGAUUUUUUAAAUUUGAACAAUUGCCGUAUUGGAACAAAAUGGCUUACCAAGCUGUCCAAUGAACUUAUCCUUUCAAACCUUAUUAUCCUUAAAACUAUUAUUCUUUUAAACCUUACCGUUGUCAAUAACGAACUGUAAACAAAGCAAUGAACUUAAUCAAGAUAUUUAGGUACAUGAUCAGUUUGGGUUCCAAGUUUGAACUUGUCAGCAUUCCUAUCACCAAAUCUUGAAUUCCUAAUAAAAUUUCUUGAUAUUUACAUGUAACCAUGAGAUAUUUACAUACAAAACUGUUCAUUACAUCUAUGAUCAGACUAGUUUGUAGUAGGAUGAGAAAUAUACAUAUUUCGUUACAAAAACGUGACCCAGAAGCCCAAAAAUCAAGAUAUAUGAACAUAACCACUAAACAUGACUAGACACGAAUAUGAAUGAUACUAUAGUUAUUACAAAUUUGAACAAACAGAUUCUGACUUAGAGGAACAUGAAAGUGACAUACAGGAUUAAUAAAAUUCGAAAUAAGCAAAUCCAGAAUAGAAGGGCAGGUUGAAGUAUAGAGAAUAGUAAAGAGGAGGUGAUAACUCAGUGACUGUUUUGAACACCUCUCUCACGUCACUAUAACAGUUACUGGUCUCGGGGUGUAACACACGAGUUGAAAUCUAGAGGACUUCCAAAGUGACUCCGGCACACUGCCAACGGGGUAAACAAAGGGAACGAGACUUUCUGUUGAUCGACCGAACAUACUGAGACUAGAUUCAAAGCCGAACUACUCACAACUUGACAAGACGGGGACCAUGACUGCACAACAAGUUGUACAAGGGCAUUUCGAGAUACCCUCACUUUGGUAGAGAGAAAGUAAAACCACUUCUGCUAGUUCGGUGAGUUCCAGUGUGGCACUGCAGGGAACAGCGUUCAGUCCGACGCUAACGGAGAGGCUCAGACAUGAUGUGACGAGACCACCAUUGGGAGCUGUGGUCGCCCCAGUGGAUGAUAGGGCCAAAGUACAUCAAACCGGCUCAUUGACUUUUAUACUGGAAUGCCCUGAACUAUUUUACAUGAUAGGAAGGAGUUUUAUUGUAAAUACUGAAACGAAAGCCUACUCUAACUGGAGAUAUUACAAAUAUUAUACAAGAGAGUAGGAGUCAGCUAUGUUCCGGUUCUGGUAGCUGACUUUGGGUACAAAGUCCUAUUUUUUGUUUUAUAGGUGUUAUAAUCUCUGAUAAAGUUACUUAUCUGAUUACACUCAAGUAAAUGAUUAAUAUCUAACUAAUUUUAUUAAUUUUCAAAUUUUCCUGUUGAGUAAUGAUAUUUCAUUAAAUGUUCUACAACAGUUUAUUUUUAUCAACAUUUUUAAUAUAUUUUAUAAUUUUGUGCAUUUGUAAGAAGUAAAUUUUACCCUGUUUCUUAGGAUAACAGUUCAAAAUUUUUAAACAAGAGCUGGCUGUAGUGAAACAAUCUUUACGAUGAGGUUUGCCCAUAAAAACAAUAUUAAGUGUAUCUUAUAUGUUUUUUGUUUUGUUGUAGAAUUAUAUUAUAUAUAUGAAAUACACAUAUGAAUAUUAAGAUUAAGUACAAAAUUUUGUGAAUUUUUUUAAUAACCAAAAUUAAAAAGUAUUUGAAGUUAAACAUUGUUUUUAAGGAGCUAUCAAGGUGGCUAGUAAAGUCAGCUAUUAAAAAUUAAACGUUUUUAAAUGCAGUCUUUUAAAUUUUAUUUUUAGUAUUCCUUUUUAUAAAAGAAAACACCUGGACAGAAUUCCUAUAAUAUUUCAACAUGUUCACACAACAUGUAAGGUUGUCAUCAUUACAACUCAUAGACAAAAAGUUCACUGUAGUUAGCAUUUUUGACAUAGAAGUGAGUAAUUAAAGUACAACUGAAAAUUCCACGUAUAAAAAUAUUUUUGGGGCUCUCAAAGGGUGAAUAAAGUCAGAUUUUGUGUCGUUGUUGCUCCUAACAUUACAUUAAGUUCUUCCUUGAAACUCACCAAUUCCAGGUCCUAUUUACUGAAUAAAGAACUUGAAUUAAUGGGUGAAAGUUUAUUGACAAUAAUUAUUGCCAAAUAGGACAUAACAUAGAUGUAGAUUAUUAUAUUAUAUCAUCAAGGAUAGUCUGUAAUGUUGGCCUGUCUGGAUGAGCAGUACUUGCAUUUCAUUUGUACUUAAAAUGUUUUGCUGUUGUAGUUGUUGUCUUUGCAGUGAUUUUUGUGUUGAAAUAGUUUCGAGUCUAUGUGUUGUACCAGGUACUCAGUACAGUGUAUUUUUGAGUAGCUUAUAACCCUGUAAGGUAUUACAAUAAUAAAGCCUGUGUUAUAAA